AUGUUAAAAUUCGGCGUUGCAACAUGCUUAGUUCUCACGGUUUUGCUAUAGUGGCCAUUGUUGCCCUUGUCCUGGCCACAGGAUAUGUGGAAUCGUACACUCGUGUUAUGCCUCCUAAUUUUCGAGAAAUUGAGGAAACUCUACCGCGAGCUGAUAUCAACUAUCGUUUACCCAAUGACACGGUGCCUCAACAUUAUGACAUUGUCCUGAACACCAGAGUGGAUGAGGGCGUACGUGAUUUUUCGGGCACUGUUACCAUUGAUUUGACAGUUUUAGUGGAAACAAACUCCAUCGUUUUGCAUGCUCGCCAAUUGACUUUUGAAUCGGCUACGAUCCAAAGUUCCACUGGGCAAUCGGAGGCAUUAACCUUCAACUACGAACCGCAACGCGAAUUUCUAACUUUGAGUCGAACAGUGCCAUUUGCCAAGGAUACAAAAUGGAAGUUAACGGUGGUCUAUUCUGGAUUGCUGCGCAGUGAUAAUGGUGGCUUUUAUUUGACCACAUAUCUCGAUGCUCAGGGUAGACAAAGUUGUGUAGUUCUUCGUGUAGUCUCGUGUUAA